AUGGAAAUCCUCAAGGAGUCAGUUAUUAUUUUUACACAACGGUUCAGGCGGGCAUUUUAUAUGCUGUCUGCAAAUGAUAGAAAUAGCCUAUCGGUAACUACGAUGAUUACGGAUAUUUAUAGUAAACACCUGCCCCGAAUUUGGACGCUGGUAGAACCAAGCAUGAACAAUUUGUUGAACUACCAGAGGAUUGAAAAGGUAGUGCAAGUCACUGAAAGGGUCUGCAACUGGUCAAAGGAAGAACAGACUUUCACUUUCGAUUCAUCACCUUCAUUAAACACAAUGAUCGAGCAGCCUCUGACAGACGCACAUACAUUCUCAACGGCUGAUAGUGCAUUUUUACAGGGCAUGACCGAUCAAGCUUUUCCUACCAACAACAACUUAUGUUAUUGUUGUGGUAAAAAAGGUCACUGGGCUAACACCUGUCAUCACCAACGUGAAAUGCCAAGAAAUUCUAGGACUCAGAUUGAACCUCAGAAAAGAGGUAUCCAAUAUUGUCAACCAGAUCUCACCCAAAGAUUUAACGCUCUGAGAUCUAAACCGAGUAUGGUUCGUUCAAAUCACCAAACCACCAGCAAUAAUCAACCCCAACGCAAUAAAUCCUACAUUGUGAAUACAAAGGAUUUUACAGAUGAAGAAUGGGAAUCUUUACAAAAGCUAGGUGCAGAAGAGUAUGAAAGCUCAAGCUUAAAAUACGGCGACAUGCAUGAAAAUCUGGCCGACAACAAAGAAACCUAA